AUUAGAAUAAGAUUAUUUAAUUAUAAUUUUAUCUUUUCAUUAAAUACUAAAACAGCUUCCCUUUUAGUAAUUUAUCACUGAAAAUUAGAUUACAUUUAGGAAUAUAAUAAAUAAAAAGUAUGUAGUUAUUGUAGGAAGAAUAACUAAGAAAAAAAAAAGGUAAAUGGAAGCUGUUAUAAGCUAUUAUCUAUCUAUUAUAAGCUAAUAUAAGCUGGUCUAAGUAAAGGUUUGGUUUUGGUUACCCUUACCGUAUGCACAUAUUCGAACAGCAUUUCCAUCAGUUGUUUGAUUGGUUGUGUUCACUGUUUGCUCACUGCUGAACUACUGUAUAUGGCAUUAGUUGAUCCCUACAUAAUCUGUAGGGAGUAUCAGACCCCUGGCUAGCUUGCAGCACUGUAUGGGUGGAGCACAGUAACCGAUCCCUCAUCUCUGAUUAGUCGAGAUGGUGAGGAUCCAUUCAGAUCUUAAGACCGACGCAUAGGCCUCAGUGGACAGGCUGGUAAUCUGUGUGUCCUUACUGCCAUUAGGUAUUAGCUCUUCCCAAAAGCAGGACUUAAGCUCAGGGGUUUUAAGAGCAAACAAUUUGCUUUUCACUGUGCUAACCUGACAGCCACAGACCACCGGCGACAUGAGAGCGCUCCAUUUCUUCACGCUGCUAGGCCUGGGCCUCAUCGUCCUCGCUGCUCACAGUGAGGCACUGAAGUGUUACACUUGCAUGGGCUCUACAGAUGAAGACUGCAAUCGGCAGGGCUCCAAAACAUGUCCGAGCUACUCAGACGCAUGUGCUGUUGUCCGUGGACAUGGCAGUGGCGUAAUGAAGUCGUGCUCGUACAAAUCCUUCUGCAGCCAGGCUAAUAGCCAGGGCUACAGAGCUCCAGGGGUCAAAGUUCACUGCUGCUACUCCGACGACUGCAAUGUGGCAGGACACGCCACCAGAAUCAACACAGGCUUCAGCUUCCUCCUGGGCCUUCUGUUAUUCGUCUGGCAUCUGCUGUCAAACUAAUGCUACCCUAGACCAUUACCAUUUCGAAACUCAACGGAACUCUGUGUACUGAUUGUUGAUUGUUAACAUACAUACCGGUAAAAAAGCCACACUGCAAAUGUCAGCAAGCGUACCGCCAUGGGAUUGUGCAUGCAAUGCAUAUUAGGUUAAUAAAGCACACACACACGCUCCACAUACACAGAUUUUGUCACAUUUCUACUCUGCAUAAAGCAAAUGUAUUUAUUAUCAUUCAGACUUUCUAGGAAUUCAAAAAGCCAAAAGCCUUUUAUUCCAUAGGCCAAAUGAACCUAAAUGAACUCUAUUAAAGGAAUAGUUCACUCAAAAAUGAAACCCUGUCAUCAUUUACUCAUCCUCAUGUCAUUCCAAAACACAAAAUAAGUUAUUUAGCAUAAAAUCAGACCAUGGUUUUUCUCGGUCAACAUCUAUUUUCAUUGUACUGUAAGCUAAAGAACAUUUUACUAGAUAAUUCCAAUUGUGAAAAUCACUAAACGAUGACAGGAUUUUCAUUUUUGGUGGAUUUUCUCUAUUUAAAAGCCAUUCUGUUGUAAUGAACGAAGAGAUGUUUUAAGACAAGCCUCAAAUAUGUUGUAAAUGAAUGUGUAGUUUAAUUUUCAUGUCUCUCUUCACAUGGAAAUGACAUGAAGAGAACUCUCUGGCUUGUUUGGCUUUUGUGCUUGACUGUAAAUAAAC